AUGAAAGUAGCAAUAGAGGGAUGUUGUCAUGGAGAGAUUGAAACUAUUUAUAAUUCAUUGGUGCAUAUAGAGAAUACUACCAAUACAAAGAUUGAUUUGUUGAUUUGUUGUGGAGACUAUGAAGCUAUUAGAAAUCAACAUGAUUUGUUGUCGUUGGCUGUACCCGACAAGUACAGAGCUCUGGGGUGCUUCCAUCACUACUAUAGUGGACGUUUGGUGGCACCGAUACUGACUCUGGUGAUUGGUGGCAACCACGAGAGCUCCAGUUACUUUUCAGAGCUAGAGAAUGGUGGCUGGUUGUGUCACAAUAUCUACUAUAUGGGUCGUGCAAGUGUCGUCAGUGUGGGUGGACUGCGUAUAGCCGGUGUAUCGGGUAUCUACAAAGAUCACGACUACCAAAAAGGACAUUUUGAACAACAACCACUCAACUCUAGUACAAUGCGAUCAAUCUAUCAUAUUAGAGAGAUUGAUGUACUCAAAAUGCUAGAUAUCGCCUCUCUACCAUCUACACAGCGUAUCGACAUUGCAUUCUCACAUGACUGGCCUCAAGGAAUCAUAAACUAUGGUGAUAAACAGAGAUUGUAUAGAAUGAAGAAACAUCUUGCACAGGAUGGUGAUCUACUUGGUAGUCCUCCAAACAUGCAGAUACUCAAAACACUGUGUCCUCGGUAUUGGUUCUCUGCACAUCUUCAUGUUAAAUGGGGUGCUGUAUAUCCUCAUCCAAAUGGUCCGACCACUGAAACAAGUGAACCUAAAACAACCAAGUUUCUUGCUUUGGACAAGGUGUUACCAGACAGAGAUUUUCUUCAAAUUUUAGAUAUUGACCCAUCAACAACAACAACAACAACAACAACAAGCCAACAAUCAUCACCAUCCUCUUCACCAAAACUUGUAUAUGAUGCACAAUGGUUAUGUAUAUUAAACAAAACAAAAUUAAUUACAGCCAAUCAUAACAAUCAUUUCCCAACUCCACUUGACAAGAAUUCUUUUAAAAAACUUUGUACAAAAGAAGAAAUAGAACAUAUUAAACUUAGAUUUAAAACAAUUUAUAAAUUAAAGAAUCAAUUGGAUGAUGGAGUGGAUUUGUCAACGAUAAAGGAUGAAGAUGCAAUGGAAAUAAGUCAAUCGAAUUUUGUGGCCAAUACAUUGGCAUUUGAUCCAAGCAAUCCAAACAAUCCAUUACCAUUUUUAGCACCUCGGUUCCCUAAUCCUCAACCGAUUGUAUUGAGUCACCUUAUUGCAAUUGUUUGUGGUAAUGAUCCAAUCGAUGCAUCAACAUUAUCCAAAUUAAAUGUUGAAACUUUUUCUCAAUCAAAUUUAAUAUCAACCAUUAAUAAUAAUAAUAAUAAUAAUAAUAAUAAUAUUAAUAAUAAUAAUAAUAAUAAUGCAGAUGAAGAAACAAGUCAAGCAACCAAAAUGCAAAGAAUAUCAAUGGAUCAAACAUCUAAAAAGUUUAAAGACGAAUCUGAAAUUGAUUUGGAUGAUCUUUAA